AUGAAAAAGAAAAAGCUGUCUAUGAGUAACACUCAAUUGGCUGACUGGGCAAAGAAAACCUUUGGCCUUCAAAAAGCUCCUGAUGCUUCUACAAUCUCAAAGAUUUUGAAAAUAGGCGUUAAAGACUUUAGUGCUUCUCAAGGCUGGAUGGAGAAGUUUGGAAAGCAUCAUUGCAUUAAAAUGAAUCGAAUUCAUGGUGAGGCUGGUUCUACUGAUAUAGAAUUGCUUCAGAUUAACAAGGCUGCCAUCAAAGAGAAGAUAGAGGGAUAUAGUGCUCGUGACAUAUAUAACUUUGAUGAAACAGCACUCUUUUAUGCUGCCCUACCAAGAACAACGAUUUCCCACCAUAAAUUUUCUGGUUGGAAGGAAAAUAAGAAGCGGCUUACAGUAGGUUUUUUGUGCAAUGCCAAUGAAACAGACAAGUGGUCUGAAAUAUUAAUAAUUGGUCAUGCAAGAAGACCAAACUGUUUUAACAAAAACAACAAAAAACAAAAGACAGUAGAUCAUAGAUUCUCUAUAUAUCAUUACAAUACACAAAAUCACAAAGCGCUUUUGAUUCUUGAUAAUUUCUCUGACCAUAUAGUAGAUUAUGCACCUACAAAUGUUGAGCUUCUUUUUCUGCCUCCAAACACCACGUCACACCUUCAGCCAUUGAAUGGUGGUAUCAUUUAA